ACGACUCCUGUCGGUGGGCCCUUCCCCUGCCUCGCUUGCCUAGCCUUUGCGCGAAGGAAGCGUAGCAGCCAGCGCCUCAGAACAGGCUUAAGACAGCGCCGAAUGAGGGGGAAAGGGAAAUGCCGACCAAUUGCGCCGCGGCGGGCUGUGCCACUACCUACAACAAGCACAUUAACAUCAGCUUCCACAGGUUUCCUUUGGAUCCUAAAAGAAGAAAAGAAUGGGUUCGCCUACUUAGGCGCAAAAAUUUUGUGCCAGGAAAACACACUUUUCUUUGUUCAAAGCACUUUGAAGCCUCCUGUUUUGACUUAACAGGACAAACUCGACGACUUAAAAUGGAUGCUGUUCCAACCAUUUUUGAUUUUUGUAACCAUUUAAAGUCUAUGAAACUCAAGUCAAGGAAUCUUUUGAAGAAAAACAACACUUGUACUCCAACAGGACCAUCUAAUUUAAAAUCAAACAUUAGUAGUCAGCAAGUACUACUUGAACACAGUUAUGCUUUUAGGAAUCCUAUGGAGGCCAAAAAGAGGAUAAUAAAACUGGAAAAAGAAAUAGCAAGCUUAAGAAAGAAAAUGAAAACUUGCUUACAAAAAGAACGCAGAGCAACACGGAGAUGGAUCAAAGCCACGUGCUUGGUGAAGAAUCUGGAAGCAAAUAACAUAUUACCUAAGGGUACAUCAGAACACAUUUUACCAACUGCCUUAAGCAGUCUUCCUUUGGAAGAUUUCAAGAUUCUUGAACAAGAGCAACAAGAUAAAACAUUAUCAAUUCUCUAAAACAGGCUAAGAAUACCUUCAUUUAAGAUUAGCCUACAUAAAACUUGAUGCCCAUCCUUCAUUCUCUUCAAAGGUAAAGAUAUUUAAGGAAAUUAUGCCAAAAUUGGGUAUUUAAUAAAGUUUUACUUGAACUAACAUUAUUACUGUAUAAUUCCUGAAGAUUUGAUUACAAAAAAAAUGGAAGCUUUUUAUGAAAAUUUUAUUUGAAAAAGAAUGAAAGUGCCUUACA